GUCUCGGCUCCACUCCCUCGCUCCGGUGCGUGUGGUGUCCCUACUAGAGCUUUUGUCUUGGCUUCUCGUGAUUUCGCAUCUGCCGAGUAAAGGAGAAUAAAAAAAGACAACUGUGAAGUCGACUGCGGUUGGUAAUACCCUGGAACAGAAAGAAAAAAGUUUGUAAACUUAAUUCCAAAUAAAGUUUCUACGAGCACGUGUUGUGGGAAUUACGCUUUGGAAGUCUUAACAGAACUGCUGGAGCUGCGGCAGACGCGUCCUGCGAAGACGUUGGGUUUGACUUGAAAUUUAGUCGAAGAAAGGAAAAGUAACACGGCAGACGAACGGUGGUCAUUGUCCAGCCGCUCUGACUGGUAAGAAGUGCUACAGGAGCGCGAUCCCUCUGGCUGUGGGUGCAAUGGGGGACGGCAGUGCGAAUGACUGCCACAACAGCACGACGGUGGCGCACGGACAGGGUCCGAAGGCGAGCGCCUUGAUGUUUGCUGCCGGAGUGUUGGGUAACGUGAUUGCGCUGGUACUGCUGGAGGUGCGCCGCAGGAGCAACAGGGGCAAGGAGCGGCAGUCCCUCUUCCACGUCCUGGUGACCUGGCUGGUGGUGACAGACCUGCUGGGGACCUGCAUGCUCAGCCCGGUAGUGUUAAGGUCCUAUUCCCAGAAUCGAACGUUGAUGAAUCUGCCAGACGAAGGAGCUUGUAAAUAUUUUGCUUUUUCUAUGACUUUUUUUGCUUUGACCACCAUGUCUAUACUCUUUGCGAUGGCUCUGGAGUGCUCUUUUUCCAUUGGCCAUCCUUAUUUUUAUGAAAGGCACAUCACCAAGAGCAGUGGGUACAUCGCCAUCCCCGUGGUUUAUCUGUUUUGCCUGCUUUUCUGUGCCAUGCCACUCAUGGGCUUUGGCCGGUAUGUGCAGUACUGCCCUGGCACCUGGUGCUUCAUUGACAUGAGGGCAAAGGAGCUGGUAAACAAGGUCUAUUCUCUUCUGUACGCAUCGGUCAUGCUGCUUCUCAUCAUCUCAAUCUUGGUGUGCAACAUCUCGGUCAUUGUUCAUCUUGUUCUUAUGCACCGGAGGCACAAGAGACGCCAGGGCUCCUCAUUUAAGAAGACAAGACGCUCUGUGUCCAUGACUGAGGAAAUGGAACACCUUAUCCUGGUGGUGGUCAUGACUGUGUUCUUCAUGGUGUGCUCCUUGCCCUUAACGGUUCGCUCCUAUACCAAUGUCAUCAGUGUGGAGAAGAAUCAUGAAAGGGAUCUCUACGCGCUUCGCUCUUUAUCCAUGAACUCCAUCUUUGACCCAUGGAUAUAUACCAUUCUCAGACCCUCUGUUAGACGCUUCCUACUGUCUGCGGUCUGCAACAUUGCCUCUUCCAAGAGCAAGAAAUGUAGCCCUGAGGAUGCACUCCUUCAGAGCACCAAACUUGGCCAAAUGGAGAUGUGCUGCAAUCCAGACGUAAACACAGUGCCAGCUUUAGCCAGCAACAGACAAGAUAAGCUUGGAAAUUAAACAAAAGGAGAAGAUGCUGCUGAGGCCUCGUCAGUAGCAUGCUAACCAGCAUUGCACUGCUUUUGAAGAAAAAAAAAAAACUCAGGGUUCAAAUAACUGGUGGCCAUUGACAAUGUGUUGAAGCAAUGAGCCAUGAGUUAACACCUACAAAGUAAAAUAUAGGAUAGUCAUCUCAGGAGCAGAAGGAACUGAAAAGGCCUUAAUGUUGAGAAAGAAGUCAACACCUCCCUGAACAUCACACUGCGUUUAAAUGGACGCUGUGCAGCAUGCUGCUGCUGCUGCUGCUGCCUCGGACUGAAAUGAGGCUCAGCAAAUCAACAGUUAGAACUCCUGUGCUUCACAGAGUCCUCUGCAAUGAAAGACUCCAGUUUGAAGGAUGAAAGUCGUCACGUCUACAGCCCGGCAUAUCAUGGGAACAGUUGGUGUUGGUGAACCUACUAGAGUAUCCCAGGCAUGAUGGAAGAAAAGAAGUGGAAGGUUGUAGGACCUGAAGACGAACCAAGUGGGAGAAGAAUGAAAUGACAAAUUGGGAAAACUUGAAAAUGCAACUGAUGUGCUCGAGCACUGGGGCUUAGAGGGAGUCCCAUUAGGUGUGCAAGUCUAAACCGAUCUGGGGGUAGAGGUGCACCACCUUGUAGGCCAAGUAUUGGCACGUCUGUUUUAUUUGCUUAAAGGGAGCAGUAAUUUCUCAUUACAUUGCCCACAAUUCUCCUGAGCGGACAAAGCUAUAAGCCUUUAAUUGCCUGGCAUCGAAAAGUCACGUCAAGGUGUGUGAGUAGCUCUGAAAGUACAGAACUGUUGGGUGUGUCAGCCAGAAGAAAUGUUGGUAAAUGCCGAAGGUGGUGCUCCCCGAGAAAUGGUUAAUUGGAAAAAAAAGUGAAUCGGUGAAUUGUGAAACUCAGUGUUACUUUUAUGGCCACUGUGAAGUAGAGUUACACAUUUCAAUAAAUUAUAUAAAGGGGCAUUUUACCAGUAAAUCAUAUCUAUUGUAUUUUUUUAUAUUGUGUGUUAUAAAGGAAUACUUUUAGUUUGAAUGGAGAAACAAAUCUUGUUGAAAUUAAAUUAUUUCUGACCAAUA